CAUCCAGGCCAUGCUCUCUUCUCACUACUGUCAUCAAGAAGGUGGUACAGGAUUCGGCGGGUGGGCGGGCGUAGGAGGCGGGUCUCUGUGCGGACGAACAGCAAGGUGAAUAAUGGCAAGUAUCCAGGAUCGUCUCAGCCAGUACCGGACGGCGCCCUUUGACGCCAGGUUCCCCAACACCAACCAGACUCACAACUGCUACCAGAACUACCUGGACUAUCAUCACUGCCAGAAGGCUCUGACUGCUCAGGGCAAAGACAUGUCCGUGUGUGAGUGGUAUAACAAGGUAUAUAAAUCCCUGUGCCCUAGAUCUUGGGUUAACAAAUGGGAUGAUCAGAGGGAGUCGGGAAGCUUCCCUGGGAAGAUCUGAAUGACCAGUUGGGACAUACUUCUCUUUCGCUCCUCCUCUAUC